AUGGAGACACCGUAUCCCUGCAACACUACAAGCACACCAAUCAUCGACAGGAACGAAACCAAACGGACACAUGCAAAAACACAGCACGUCGCGGGCGGUUCCAAAUUCGAAAGUCAAAGAGCGGUCACGAGCGAACCGCGGCCCAUUUACGAGCAAAGCGAUACAUCCAGCUCCACCGCUCGAGCGGCGGGAAGCUCCGAGCUAAUUAAGCCGAGACGCGUUCAUCGCGUGCGCAAUUACACCGGCAUAGGGGGCGGCUUUGUGGCCGAAUACGCUGGUAGCGCUCCAAGACGACGCGGUUACAGCGCAGAAAAGGCAGUAGUGAAGCUGUUGCCGAAUUUAUACUGCGUCCACCACAUUGGAGACUUGCUG